CACGCCAGUCAAAGCUUCUCGUCUUCCUCGUCAGCUUCCUCUCCCCACCACCAACUCCACAUUCUGCAACUCUAGAAAACCAAAGCAAACCCACCUUUAAAUUCCCAAUCCCAUCUCCUUCUUCACACCCAAUUGCUCAUCUUCCUCAAAUUCUCAAUCUUUUCUUUGAUUCAAAUUCAAAUUCUCAAUCUUUUCUUCAAAAUUCAAUCCACCAUGUUAAUGCUGGUUGACUGCUCCAACUGCCACACACCUCUCCAGCUGCCAGCUGGCGCUCAGGUAAUCCGCUGCGGCUUAUGCAACGCCGUCACCCGCAUCGCCGGAACCUCCUCCUCCUCCCGAUCUCUCCUUCCUCCUCAUCCGCAAUCCCCCCACGCGCCGCCGUCUCCGUACGGACACUCGCCUCCGCCGCCGGCCCACGGACGGAAGAGGGCGGUGCUGUGCGCCGUGUCGUACAAGGGAACGCGGCACGAGCUCAAGGGCUGCAUUAACGACGCCAAGUGUAUGAAGUAUUUGCUGGUCAACAAGUUCAAGUUUCCGGAGUCUUCCAUUGUCAUGCUCACAGAAGAAGAAGCUGAUCCUUUUCGACGGCCAACCAAACAAAACAUGAGAAUGGCACUGUUUUGGCUUGUGCAAGGUUGUCAAGCAGGGGAUUCUUUGGUGUUUCAUUAUUCGGGGCAUGGAUCACAGCAGCGGAACUACACUGGAGACGAGGUGGAUGGAUAUGAUGAGACACUGUGUCCCACGGAUUAUGAGACUCAGGGGAUGAUCGUGGAUGAUGAGAUCAAUGCAACAAUUGUUAGACCUCUUCCUGCUGGAGUUAAACUUCAUGCUAUUGUAGAUGCUUGCCAUAGUGGUACUGUGCUAGAUUUGCCAUUUCUCUGUAGAAUGGACAGAAAUGGGAGGUACAUAUGGGAGGACCAUCGUCCUCGAUCAGGUGUUUGGAAGGGAACAAGUGGUGGUGAGGCCAUUUCCUUCAGUGGCUGCGACGAUGAUCAGACCUCUGCUGAUACCUCAGCUCUGUCAAAGAUUACCUCAACUGGUGCCAUGACUUAUGCUUUCAUCCAAGCCAUAGAGCGCGGACAUGCAACCACAUACGGAAACAUGUUGAAUGCAAUGCGAUCCACCAUCCGUAACACUGAUGGUGGUGCUGGAGGCGGUAUUGUGACAACCCUUAUCUCCAUGCUUUUGACAGGAGGGAGUCUCGGAAGGUUGAGACAGGAACCACAGCUAACUGCCGAUCAACAAUAUGAUGUGUAUACAAAACCUUUCUCCCUAUAGGGUAUUAAUAGCAAUAUUUUCAUCCUACUGCUGCCCCAACCUCCCAGUAGUGUUCUGUACGCAUGUAUAGUUCUAGGACCCAAUUUUGUAAUCUGCAAGUUCUAUUGUAUGUGACUGUCAAUGUUUGAUCUUCAAUAUAUGCUAAUGUUCUUUAAUUCUUUCAA